GCAAGGGGCUCAGUUCUUCCCGUUCCUUCUCCACAGUAAUGGUGCUGGCUCGCGUGGCUGCGACUGCUCGGCUGCCAAGCGUCUCGACCGUCCCCAGACUCAGUCGCAAGAGCGAUGACUGCGCUCUGCCGCCGUGUUCGCUGCUCCAUGGACUUGCCACGUCUGCAGCGGCGGCGAUGGUGGGCGCGCUCAGUGGCAGCAGCAGCAGCACAGCGCAUGUGCGACUCGCAUGGCAGCAGCCGCGCCGCACCGCAUUCAUCCGACCGCAUGUCAAUGCAUUCACUGCGUACCACAUGCAGCCCAAGCCAGACGUCACCGCGGAAGAGUGGGCCGCAAUCUACCCGGCGCCACGACAGCCACUCCUCGUUGACUUUGGCUGCCACAGCGGCCGCUUUCUAAGAUCGCUCAGCACUUCAGAGGCAGGACAAGCAACGCCAUGGAAUUACUUGGGUCUGGACAUCCGGGAAGAGUACAUUUCGCGGGCCAUCGCGAAAGCACAGGCCAUUGCCGCCACAAAGUCCCGGCUCUCGUACCGUGUUUGCAACACACACGCUCACCUGCAGUCUACACUUGGCCAGUACCCUGGUCCGGUCGCAAUGGUAUCGUUUCUCUUCUCGGAUCCCCAAUUCAAGCAACGCCAUCGCAAACGGCGAAUGAUCAAUCCGCUGUUCAUCAAAGAACUCGUCCAACUUCAUCGCCUGCGCCUCCAUAGCGAGGCACAGCUCAUCGCACAAGGCUCCGAGCAUUCCAGUUCACAGAUCUCUGAAGGCGGCGACCGACCUCUAACGCAACAGAAGAAGACCAGCACUCCACUGUUAAUCCUGUUCAAGUCCGACCUGCCACUCGUUGGCGAGGAUUUGCUUGAAGCUCUCGCUGCCCCAGAGUGCGCACAGGUGGCGCAGUUUCACUCUGUGGACUUGGUGCCACUGAUUGAACACGGCUUGGCUCAGCGAGCAGCUGCAGGGCAGCACCCACUCGCUCAAUUCCCAGACUCCCCGUCCUCUACCAGCAUCAACACAAACCCACGCUACGAGUUUAUAGACUUGAAUGGGUGGAUGGACAUGGCGAAAAUCAAUGGUAUUUCGUUUGACCCGAAUGCAGUCAACUCCAUUGGACACACCGUCUCGCCUCGCGAGGCAAUUCCAAAGCACAUGUGGCCAGUUUUAUCGGAAGCAGUCACGACAUGGUCUGAGCGGGAAAUUUGCACGCGGAGCGCUAAUCAACCUGUAUAUGCACGAUUGUUGCAAUUGAGACAAUGACAAAUAGAAUCAACAACACUC